CGAUGAUUCGGACAGUGAUGACAGUGAUCUCGGAGACGGUGUUGCGACGAUCAGUUUAGCCGAGCUACUUGAUAUUCCACCUGAAGCAGCUGCGCGAUAUGCAAUGACCCGCGAACACCAAGAAGCCUGUGUCAGACUUCUGGAUAGGAUCCCUACACCCAUUCUUGUCUAUUAUGCCAUGGACGUAUUCAAGCUCCGAGAGCUGGUUGGGCGUGAUUGCGACCUUGAAGACGACGGUGUCAAGAUGUGUAACCUGUUGAUGCGUGACGGUCACUAUAACGAGGCCAUAUCAUGCAUCCGCAAACUCAACCUGUUUGAAGCCUUCCCGAUCGACAAGUUUGCUGCCAAAUUGUUUGCAGCUAACCAAGGCAAUAUUUUGCCGGUAUUUACAAGCGGUAAUGCAACACUCCAGAAACUUUUAUUGGAAUACAUCAACAUCCAGCUUCGCUACACGUUCGCUGGGAAUUUGGAUAUUGUGCCUACAGAAUAUUUGGCAUCAAUUCCGGACGAUGAAAAGUCAGCACCGCCAUUACCCCGACUUCGAGAACGACGCAUUCAAAAAGACUUGACAUCUUGUGCAACAAGGAUAAUGCAGGAAUUAAACAUUGACGACACCGAACACUACUUCAUCUGGCUCUCACAAAAAUACGCCGCUCUGCGCUAUCUCAUCAAACAACGUGCAGCCCAACAACAUGACGAGUGUGACAUGUCGAUUGCCGCUAGCUCAAACUAUAACGGUCUGAUCGAGUUGAUCAUUAGGGAUGAUCCUGCAGUUGUCAAGCUCGCCAUUAAAGAGUUUGUCGACAUGAACGACGCUGUUGCUGCGACCCAUUUUGCACAUGUUUUUGGCCAACAUCAAUUUCUCGUAGAGUAUAACGGUUUGCCGCUUGGCGAUCGAUCUGUCGGCAUGCUCAAGGGCGAAGUGCCGUCCUCACGCUACCACGGCUCACCACGACGCUCGCCUGUUGCAAACCCCAUUUACUACCAAUUGCCCAAUCAAGUCCGUCCGGUGAUGGUAGACAACCAUCAUAAAGUGAUGCAACUCAAAGCAACGCUUGCGCAGACGCGUAUAUGCGGAUUGGAUACAGAAUGGGUGCCACAGUUUGCCCGGUCGGGUACUAUCAAAACUGCACUGAUGCAAAUUGCGUCUGAUCGCGGUGUCGUAUACCUUGUGGAUAUCGCCAAGGCACUACAUCCAAUGAACAUUGCUUUGUUGCAAGACAUGGACCUCGUUUUGCGUAUGCUUUUCGAAGAAAAACAGAUCAUCAAGCUCGCCUAUGACUUUAACGGCGAUUUCUCGCUUUUAAAGGAGUGUAUGCCCACGGCAUCGGAUUGGUACACUGCAAACCUUGUUGAUUUCAAGUCCUUGCGGACCAAGCAUGGCGAGCCAAUCCCUGGCGGUCUGGCAGGUGUGGUUUCGACAUUUUUAGGCGUCUCUAUGAACAAAAAACAGCAACUCAGUAACUGGGAACAGCGGCCGUUGACGGUCGACCAAGCAACGUAUGCAGCGAGCGACGCUUACUGCUUAAUCGAAAUAUACGGCAAUCUCGUCAAUGAUAACCAUCCAUUUAUAAAAACAAUUGACCAUGGCACGGACAAUCGUCACUACAAAUCACUAGCAUCCUCUGCUCCUACUACCACCGCAAUGCCACUAUCCACUCCAUCUCCACCUAUCCCCAGCCUUUCCGUCGAACGCGACUUGGUCCAGUUUUGACCGUUGUGUAAAUUCAACAAAGCGAUAUAAUUAUAC